UUUCCAAAAAGAUGGAACGUCAUAAUAAUACUAUUUUGAUUGCUGAGAAUGAGAAGCUUCGCAUUGAGACUCUAAAGUACAAAGAGGCAUUGAAUAAUCCGAAGUGCGCUAGUCAUAGAGGCCAACCUUAUGUUGGUACAAUGUCCUUUGAAAAGCAGCAGUUGAUGAUCGAGAAUGCUAGACUGAAAGAAGAUCUUGAAAAGAUAGCAAAAAUUGCAAAAAAUCUUGCCAAGUCGUCCUUCUCUAACCUGCCACCAUCGUCGCCGCUUCACACAUCAAUGCCUUCGCACUCUCUUGAUGUUGUUAGCUAUAUUCCGCAAUCAAGCAUGGUAGAACAAGUUCAUGGUGGUAGCAAUGAGCCUCAAAUGUCAACUAUCAACUCUACUUUUACAGAAUCUGAGAAAACUUGCAUUGUUAAGCUUGCGGUUGGAGCAAUGGAGGAAUUUACCAAGAUGGCUCAUGUUGGAGCGCCUUUAUGGAUCCCUACAUUCCACACUGAGAUUCUAAAUCAACAAGAAUAUGUUAGGGUUUUCCCUGCGUUACUUGGUCCGAAACCCUUAGGGUUUAGAUCUGAAGCUUCAAGGGAAACUAUGAUUGUUAUCAUGAAUCCAAGUACCCUCAUUGAGAUACUUAUGAAUGUGAAUCAAUGGUCAGCUAUGUUUCACAGUAUUGUUUCAAGUGCAACAACAACUGAAAUCCUAUCAAUUGGAGUGCCAGGAAACUAUGAUGGAGCCUUGAUAGUGAUCUCGGCAAAGUUUCAAGUGUUGUCACAUCUUGUGCCAACUCGUGACAACUAUUUCUUAAGAUAUUGUAAGCUUCACCCUGAUGGGGCAUGGGCGGUGGUUGAUAUUUCGUUGGACUAUAUGCGACCUGUUGCUACCUCAAAAUGCAGAAGGCGACCCUCUGGUUGUAUGAUUCAAGAAUUGACAAAUGGUUUCUCAAAGGUUACAUGGAUUGAGCAUGUAGAAGUUGAAGACAACGUGGUGCAUGAUCUCUUCAUAAAUCUAGUAAAUUCUGGUUUUGCCUUUGGAGCUAGACGGUGGAUAGAAACUUUAGAAAGACAGUGCAAACGUAUUGCUUGCACAAUAACAUCAAACAUACCACCAGAUAACUAUAGUGGUAUAACUCCUGAAGGAAGAAAAAGCUUGAUGAAAUUUGCAGAAAAAAUUAUGCAAAGCUAUUGCAACUAUGUUGGUGCUUCCCCACCACCACCAUAUAUUUGGACAGUCCACACAACACCACCAACUGGUGCUAAUGAUGUGAGAGUCAUGACCAGAAACCACACUGACGCAUCAGGCGCAAUUAUCGGUCUCUUUAUUAGUGUUGCAACUUCUUUCUCGCUUCCGGUUCCUUCCAAGAGCCUCUUUGAUUUUCUUCAAAAUGUGACCUCAAGAAACCAGUGGGAUAUCCAGACCAACGGUUUUGUAGUUCAAGAACUGGCACACAUAACGAAUGGCCAUGCUCCUAGUGACUUCGUCUCUUUACUUAAGGCCAAUUGUGCAAAUUCCAGCGAAAAAACCAAGAUCAUAGUUCAAGAGGUUUGCACUGACUCUACAGGAUCAUACAUGGUGUAUGCUCCUAUUGAAAUUGAUACCCUGAAUUUAGUCUUGAGUGGCUGCAAUCCAGAUUAUGGUACCAUACAGCCCUCUGGCUUUGCCAUUCUUCCUGAUGGGCUUGGGCUGAGUGGUGGGUCUGUAACUGAUGUUGCAUCUGGAGGGUGUUUAUGCACAUUUGCAUAUCACACAUUGAUUGAAGGAAAUAUAACAGAGUUUCCUCCUGACAUGGUAACCUAUUUGUGCAAUUUUAUGAAGUGCACAAUUGAAAGAAUCCAAGCUGCAAUGAUGCGUGUGAGCACCUGAUUGCAAAAAUUAGUAGACAAAGAUGUGAAGAAUUCACAACAUGAAUGGUGUCACCUGCAUUAGUGUUCAGAAGCAGAGAAGAAAGUCAAUGAACUCACAAAAAGAAGCAUCAUAGAUUCGAGCAUUAACUUUUUCCAAUGAAGAAGACAAGAGUUGGAACAUGCUUGAUUUAUACAUCAAUGUUUUAGCUUCUACUUAAUUAUUGAAUAAAUAUUAUAUUGGUUUUUGAGGCUUGAAGAAACUUUCUCCAAGUUCCUUUUAAUGUUGAGUUCAUAAGUUGUAAAC